GAGAGAGAGAGAGAGAGAGAGAGUGGGCACCAUAGCCCCCUAAAGGCUAAGUGACACGAUUCAUCCUUAAAUCAGUCUAGAAACAUGAAGCACGUAGUGGGCUGCCUGCUCCUCUCCUCUCUCUGUUCUCUAUCAUCUUGGGGUAUCCAUGACUUGGUGGUGACCCAGUCUCCUCGUGAAGUGACAGUCAAGGAGGGAACCACUGUUCACAUCCACUGCUGCUGGAAUCUGGACAUUAUAAGAGCAAAUGUUGUCUGGAAAAAGAAGAACAAAUGUAUUGAUUCAACGUCUUUCUCUAUACGUGAUUCAGUUAUCAGCAAGCAAUGUCAAGAACAAGCUCAGCACCAUGGAGCUUGUAAUUGCUCAAAUCUGAUACUCUCAAACAUCACAGUAAACGACUCUGGUUUAUACAUCUGUCAAGUAACCAUAGAUAUACCAGUGCUUGUUCAAUCAGAUGGGAAUGGAACCAGCAUAACAGUUACAACCAUCAAACAAGUUAACAUGACAAAUGGAAAAGAAGAAGAAGAUAUCAACCAAUCAAAUCUCCUGUUUAUCAUAAUUCCCCUGGCUGUCCUGGCUAUCCUUUUCUUUGCUGCUCUGUUCGGCUUUUUGAUUAGAAAACACGUCAUGCAUUCGAAGAAUACAGCCAGGGUGAUAUACGAGGCCCCUCACCCUGGAUCAGAGGAGUCUGAUGGCCAGAGCACUAAUUCCUCUAGGGGAUCUACCCAGUGGUGUCAAGUCCAGGUGUACGAAUCUAUCGAUUACUUUGCUGUCGAAGACAAGAAGGAAAAGGAUGAAAGGAUGUCUCAGCUCAUUUAAACCUUUUUUAUAUCUCCACUGUACUGUCUGCAUACUGUAUUAAUAUUCUUGCUGUAAUUAUUUGCUUAUUUUGUCUUUGCCUAAAAAUAUAAAUAUCUGAUGAAGACAACUUUGUUUCUGACACAAACAUGUUUUGUGUGAGAGGAUAUGAACCUGUGCCUGAACCGGAAUUGAGCAAUAGUUCACCAAUACACACUUGUGAUGCUCUAGAUAAGCUUCUCUGAGUUUUUGCCUCGCAUGUGUGUGUGUGGGGGGGGG